AUGUACUUGAAUCGUGAAGCAAUUCCAGUACCGCUUCAGUGCCGUCCACACAUCAGAGGCGGCCGUAACAACAGGUUCCAGAAUUCCUUUGCAGAUGCUGUUGAUAGUGAUGGUGAUAAUCAUGCUGAUGAUAGUGACGAUGGUGAUGAGUGUGAUGCUGAUAGUGUUGCUGAAGAUACUGCUAUAUUAACAAUGACAAAAAAGAACUACACCCCAAGACAUCCUGAGACAACCCAAGACAUCCAGAGACACCCCAAGACAUCCAGAGACAACCCAAGACAUCCUGAGACACCCCAAGACAUCCAGAGACACCCCAAGGCAUACAGAGACACCCCAAGACAUCCUGAGACACCCCAAGACAUCCAGAGACAACCCAAGGCAUACAGAGACACCCCAAGACAUCCUGAGACACCCCAAGACAUCCAGAGACAACCCAAGGCAUACAGAGACACCCCAAGACAUCCUGAGACACCCCAAGACAUCCAGAGACAACCCAAGGCAUACAGAGACACCCCAAGACAUCCUGAGACACCCCAAGACAUCCAGAGACAACCCAAGACAUCCAGAGACACCCCAAGACAUCCAGAGACAACCCAAGACAUCCUGAGACACCCCAAGACAUCCAGAGACACCCCAAGACAUCCAGAGACAACCCAAGACAUCCUGAGACACCCCAAGACAUCCAGAGACACCCCAAGACAUCCAGAGACAACCCAAGACAUCCUGAGACACCCCAAGACAUCCAGAGACACCCCAAGACAUCCAGAGACAACCCAAGACAUCCUGAGACACCCCAAGACAUCCAGAGACACCCCAAGACAUCCUGAGACAACCCAAGACAUCCUGAGACACCCCAAGACAUCCAGAGACACCCCAAGACAUCCAGAGACAACCCAAGACAUCCUGAGACACCCCAAGACAUCCAGAGACACCCCAAGACAUCCAGAGACAACCCAAGACAUCCUGAGACACCCCAAGACAUCCAGAGACACCCCAAGACAUCCUGAGACAACCCAAGACAUCCUGAGACACCCCAAGACAUCCUGA